ACGGCCACAGACCGGUUCGCACUACACUCAGUUCAGAUCACUUCCUGUUCUUCGCCAGCUGCUCUCAUGGCUGCUCAACAUGUGGGGCUGUUCAUGUUACUGUGGAUCGGCUCUGUGGCUGCAGGAGAUCUAGAAGAGGUGAAUGCAAGGCCUGGACAGAACGUCACUCUUCAGUGCCACACUUCCAGAGAUGCUGCCAUCACUGUGUUAGAGUGGAAGAGAUCUGAGCUGGAGCAGUACGUCUUCUACUACAGAGAUAGCGAGUCGAUGGAAAUCUUCCAGAAUCAACGUUAUCGAGGUCGUGUUGAGCUGAGUGACCCAGAGAUGAAGAACGGAGACUUUACUAUUCUCCUGAAGAACGUCAGCACCAACGACACGGGAACCUACAAGUGUCGGGUUAUAACUCGCUACAAUAAUCGCUGGAAGAGAGACGUGAGAGAGUUUGUGCACUCCGUCCUUCUGAGCGUCUCUGAAGGUUCUGAGAAGCACCUGAAGAAUGGAGACGCCAACGAUGAACAACCAGGGGGUCCCGGAGGAUACGUUGGGUUGGGAGUUGGGUUGGUUUGUCUCAUCGUUGUUGCUGUCGUUGCUGGACUUGUUGUGAAAUCUAAAAGAGCUAAGGAGAAGAGACCAUCAGAGAGUGUUGAUGAGAAAGUGAAUGUUGAACUGAACCCCAGACAUGUCCCAGACCUCUUCACACCUGACUGUCCUCCAUCACCUGCUUCUAAACUAAAUCAUCUCCUCCAUGAAUCUCUACCUUGACGCGGUGGAGGGGCUUUACCCCCUGAGACACAAACACCUGGUGAGGGUUAACCAAACGUGAUUCAGUUUCUAACUUCAGUCUGAGAGAGUGCUAAAAUAUUAUCCUUAAGUGAUCGGCCAAUCAGAAGGAUUGACUUUGCUGCUGAACACGUAGGAUCGACAGUGAAGCCUAUCUUUCAGACACAGCGCUGACAACAUGGCGUCUGAUCUGGUCUUUGUGUGUCAGAGCCUGGAAGGGAUUCAUGGUGAGGGGUUUAUUUAAAUAUCAGCAGGUCAAUUUCAAACUAAAGUCGGUGUAAAGAGGUCUUAAACUGUGUAUCUGUCGUACAGAUAUAUCAGUGAUACAUUUCAGAUGUACUUUGUGUUUACGUAUAGCUGCAGAAAUAUCUGCUUCAGGUUUAUGUAUUUACAGAUAAUAUUUCCAGUAUAUGUAUACUAAGUACACGGUUAAAAUAUACGUCAUACGUACAUCUGUAAAUGAUUGUCUUGAUAAGACUUUAAAAUGUUUAUUUAUUUUCUACUAAGUAGAUUUACAUGAAAUGUGAAAUAAUGAAAUCAAACCCAGCACCUGUUUAACCUGAAAGUGCUAAAGGGUUAAAAACUAUACUAAUAAGAAGUUGUUUGUGUUCAAUAAUUGAAGUUGAAUCAGAACAUCCACAGAUAAUGAAUUGCUGCUCAUGCUCUUUUUGUACAUCAUGUAUUUAUUGUUGCUAUCUUUAUAAAUGUCAUGUUCUUGUAUGUCAGGGACUACGGGUGGAAAUGAGCUCAAAGCUAAAAUCAAGCAUAUUUAUACUUGAAGUAUUAUUUCUCUAAAGUGUUCAUUAAAGUGCAUUGCUCCUAUUCAAAUAAACGAUUAGAUGAAAUGAGAAAUGAACAAAUGUCAGAUGAUAAUAAAUUGCCCCCCCCCCCCCCCCCCCGCGCUCCCCUGUCUCAAGGACAGAUACUGGAAAACAUUCCUGCCCAAUAACUCUGUGCAACAAAUCCCCUCUGGCUGGAAGAGAACUCUCUGCUCCAUAGCUUCUCUAGAAAUAAAACCACGUUGUACAUUUUACUC